UAUAGUAUUUUAACAUAUAUGCACUAUUACUUUAAGGUUGAUCUUUUCAUUCUACAUUUGAUUAUAUCAGAUAAGGAAGCAAAGAAAUUAUCAAAGUAGGAAUUUGAAGGGAGAGCAAUGGAGGCGUCUCUUGUACACUAUGAUUCUAGUAUUAGUGUUCACGUGACGCCAUACGUCAAUACCGGAAUCCACCAUCUUAUGCUGGCAUACCAAAUACUUUCUAAUGUUUAUAUUGAAUCCAACAAGCCAUUUACAAAAUAUCAAAUGCAAAAUAUCUAUGAUUUGAUACUUAAAGCUUAUAAGGACUUUGAAAAUGCAAACAAUAAUUUAUCAAUACUGAGAUCGAAUGCUAACCAAGAAUUUGAGAAAUCAAUAUCUACAGAAAAGGUUUUAUCGGACAUAAUCAGGAAUUUAGAAGCGGAAAUUGAAAGAACUAAUCUAGAAAUAAAUGAAAAAAGAUAUGCAAAUGACAUUGCACAAAUUCAUCUUCAAACUGCGCAUCAAGAUCAUAAAUAUGCUGAGCGGAACAUGGAUAGAGCAGUGAACGAGUACCAUCGAAAGCGAAGAGAAGGAGAACGUGGAGUCUAUUCCAUUCCUUUUAUUGGUGAAAUUGCCGCAAUUUUUACUGGAUUAAGUGAUGAAAUUGAAAGAGCCAGACGUAAACAGGAGUUUGCAUGGGAUGAUUAUAUGGAUCGUCAAAAUUCUCUUGAUAGAAGGAAAAGGGAAUUGGAAGAGUUAGGGUCUAAUAUUGAGAGUUUAAAAAACACUCUAUUUUUCAAUGAACAUGAACGUAAGGUGCAUACUGCAAGUGUAGCGGAUCUUAAAAAUAUUCAAAAACUAAUAAAUGAAAAUCGUGUAAAUUUAGGGGAUUAUCUACAUAUUAGUUCCACACUUCUAAGAAAGACAAAGAUACUUAUGAGCGAAAGUAGUGAGGUUCUCUCUGUAGAACCUUUGUUAAACGUAUUCCAUGAUGUUGCAAAAAGUUUAAAAGGGUCAUCACACAAAACAAAAAUGCUUAAGAGUGAAAAAUUAAAAUCAUUUUUACUCCUAGCUGAUCCUGUAGUCUUGGAAAAAAAAAAAUUUGGCAUCGCUUAACGUUGUUCUUUAAUUUAAUUGCAUAUUUGGUUUAAUCAAUAUUGUUGUGUUUUGUCAUUUAUUUCUGUGUGUUUGAAGUUAGACCGUUAUUUUUAUAUCUAAACGACUUUGGGAACCAUUUAAAUAUUUUUAUGAUUUAAUAGUUUGAAAAGGAACUUCAUAUUCACUAUUUAUUUUUUGUUGCUUGAUUUUAAAAACAAAACUGUGUGUUGACUUUUGAUACAUAAAGACCUUACAACCAUUCCAUAGACCUAAUAUAGUUGACCUAUAACUCAAGUAAAUGAGAAACUAACCUAAGGAUGAAAACUUGACACUGAUCGUUGAACCACAAAACAGGUCAUUUUUGACUCCUGUCAAAAGGACAAGUACACCAAAAAAACAUUCCACAAACCAAUGUUAUUGACCUAUUACUCAUAAUGAGCCACUGAGAAAAUGGAACAUUAACUGUGAAAAGACAGACAGACUUGAAAUCAGAUAGGCAUGAUAUACUUGCAACUGUUAUAUGGCCAAAUAUAGUUUCCAAAUGGCCAUAAGUAAGCUCAGAUUGCCCUUUUCUUUUUUGCAUCUGACUUCCAUUGCAGGGGAUACAAUAAAUAGUCAUAAUAUAAUAGAUCUUUUGUAUUUCAUGUCUUUAACUUUGCAUGUUGGAUAAUUCAACUUUUUCAAAUUUUUAGAUCAAAUAGAUAGUAAGGUCUGUUAUAAGUUAAAAAUUUGAAACUGCAACUUCAAAAAAAGUUUCUCAACCCUCAAUAGAAAAAAUGUAAUGGAUUUUUUAAUCAAAACAAUCUUUUUCUGUGACAGUGUUUAUUCUGGAAUCUUUGUAACAAAUAACAAUACUCUACAAAUAAAAUUUUAAACAUAUGAAAAAAUGUCCUUCAUAUUUUUAAAAAGCUCCCUAAAAUCCAUAAAUAACAAUGUAAUAUGAUUAUAGUUAUGCUCUAUUGAGUGAGCAAAGAUGUAGAAAUAAGGAUGCUUAGUUAAAUGUUUACAAUACUUUUUUCAAAAGCUUCAAGCAGAACUCCAAUAUCAAAACCAGAUUUUUAUGAUAAAAAAUGAAUAUAGAAAGUUUUUUUCCCUCCAAUUUAUACUUCCUUUACCGAUAAAUUAAUCGCACACUGUAAAUGUAAAAAUCAUAAAAAUUCAGGAAGAAAAUUAAAUAAAAUAACAAAAAAAUUAGUAUAAAAAUAAUUUUAACAUAAAUGGGACAAAAUAAUUGCAUACUGACAAUAAAACAUGAGCAUUUAUCACACCAAUAACAAACUUGAGUAAGAAAGCAGAUUCAGUUUCCUUUCAUACACAAUAUCCCAACACUUUUUCGUCUCUCAUCACAACCUGUUCCCACAGUGACCCUUCAAUUUUUGACCCCCCAAAAAAGCCAAUUAUAACCAGUAAUUUUCCGUUAGUUGAAACAUGUCAAUUGUCUUUGAGACUCCUAAGUUUUCAGUUAACAAUUCUUAUUAAACUUUCUAAUAUAUUCUCUUUUUAUAAGGGUCAACUUUAUGGGUUAUAUCCGUAAAAUUGAAUUCACAUGGUUUCUGGGGAAAGCACAUGUUCAAUACUGUAUUGUACAAAAUAAUAUAUUCAGUUCAAGCUAAAAAUAAACUGAAGUUCUGAAUAUUACCCUGUUUUCCAAGACUCCUGUUUAAUACCAUUUUUUUUUUUAAGAUAAAGGCUUACAUCUGGAUAAACACAUUUAAAUUACUAAAUAAAUGUCUUGAUACAUAUCCGCAAUUCAUUAGAAAAAUAAGAUAUUUCAUGAAUAAAAAAUAUAAAUGCAGAAAAUUGAAAAAAAUUGCAAGAGCAAUAAAUACCUCUUAAUUCAAUGUUACAAUGAACAUCAAAACAUUUUAUUUUCAGCCUUAUUGGCCAAAUUUUCAAGUUUCUUAUAAAAAACAAAUUUGAGCAAAAGCCUUACCCAAAUUCCCAGAUGUGCAAUUAAGACUGUUAAUCAAGGAACCAAAAUGCAAGAUUUACUAAUGCCGAAAAUGCAGAAUGAUAAAUAAUUUGGUCUGACUUCUGCAAUAUCUAACUAAUGUCUUUCUUAUCACAUUCAAUUUUCCACAAUAAAAGAAACAUCCAAAAAUUCCUAAUUUACAGUAUCUGCUGUAAGUCAACAUUUUUGUUACAAAUUUUCUUGUGUAGUAUGUCAUGUCAUGGCCUUUUAUAGCUGACUAUACGGUAUGGGUUUUCUCAUUGUUGAAGGCUGUACUGUUGCCUAUAAUUGCUUACAUCAACUUCAUUUGAACUUUGGUGGAUAAUUGUCUCUUUGGCAAUCAUACCACCUCUCCUUAUUUUUAUAUGGCAGUUUUUCAAAUCUAAAUAAUAAUCAUGUCAUUAAGAGGCAAUAUGGACAGUUUUUCUUUCAGUACACUGAAUUUAUGGGUGGAAAAUGAAAACAUAUACGUAGACUUUAAAUGUAUUUUAAAAUAAUGAAGACCUUAACGAUAAAUGUUUUUUCUGAAUAUAAAAAACUGACAGAUUAAUAAAGUUUUGAGAUUUCUAAAUAAAAAGGGGAAAAAGAGUGGCCUUCUUGCAUCUUUUCCUUUAAGACAACUAUAUGCAAAAGAUAAAUACAUAUGAAGUUUCAGCCUUUUAAAAAAUUCUUUCAUUCAUUAAUAUUGAAAUUGGACAUACAUUUUAUUCUGUUGCUGGUUUUCUUUGAUGGUUGUCUAAAUCUCUUCUGUCAUUUUUCUAAAGCACAUUUUAAAAAACACUCUUAAGACUUGCACGCAAGUAGCUUUUGAUCAAAACAAUGAUAUCAAUAAAAUUAAAAUAUACAUAAAUUAUGGGAUGUAAAGCAUAUUUUCUAUUAAAUUAUUUAUUAUAUGUCAAAAAUUUACGGAUAAUUAUUUAUUAUAUGUCAAAAAUGUACAGAAGCUUAUUCAUUACCUAUCAUAACUCAGAUAUUGGAAGUCAUCUUACUGUGACAAUAGUAUGUUUAACAUAACAAAUCACAGCAAAAACUCUGAAUAAAACACUAGUCUGAA